AAGAGUUCUUCUUUGAAAUGGUAAGACCACAAAAAAAGUAGAAAAAGUGCUAUUGGUCUAGCUAACUUAUUAAGUUUAUAUGUGACAGUUGUAUGCUAAUGUUACUCGACGGCCCGUGAGCAAAAACGCUACGAAACAAACGCAGUUCGACGCCCCAACUUCCUAACAAACACGUUACGUUGUAUCUGACUCAGCGGGGUCAAAACCAGGGAAACAAAUGGCGGCACCAACAGCAGUCACUUCCAGAGUGCGGACAGUGAGGACGUCCAGGUCCACAAGAGCUGACAAUUCAUCUCUGAACUUCCUGGAAAGACUCCCAUCUCACGUCCUGAUUAAAAUUCUGUCCUACCUGGAUGCCUCUGCCCUUCAUACCAUCGGCCACGUCAGUGAGCUCUUCUGUCAGCUUGCCGGUGAUAACACUCUGUGGAAGAAGAUAUACAUGGCAGAGUUUGGCAAGAAUAGAAAGCGGAAACCUAAAUGUGUAGAAGAGCUGAAGACAUCGAAAGUGGAGGUGCAGGAUCGAGCUGCGGGCUACUGGAAGAGGCUGCAUUUCAAGACUGUAGCCGAAUGUGACAUGGACAAGUGGAAAAGACAUCUCGGACUCAUCAGCCGUCACACUGGGCUGCCCGGCCAAACAGAGCGGGUCCUCAGGAAUUUGCACGUCACCUGGGAGCUGACGGUCUCUGAUAAGUCAGGGCGAGAGGUCACAUUCGAGCCGAGCUGGUCCCAGUUCUGCGAGACUUCUGUGACUCUGUGCUGGAGCGGAGGAGGCUGCUUGCCCAACUACCAGCAGAUUUCCGCCCUUCAACUGCACGGUGUCAGGAGGAUAGCCCUCAACUGCCCCGGCCUGAAGAAACCUGGCUGGAGGUCACUGAUGACCACAUUAAACAUGCAGGCUCUAACUGAAAGCACGCACAUCAUUGGCCAGGACAGACUGGUUGAAUUGAAGCUGCUGCAGCCUGGCAUCAUCAUCGGUGUCUGGAAGGACCAGGGCUCUGUCGCCUUUGUCAUGUUCACCCUCCACUUCCACAAGCUACUGGAAAGAAGCACACAGGGAUCUUCUGUUAGCCCCUACGUGGAGCCAAUGGACAAACCCCCUUUUGAUGACAUCGACCCUGAAUACGGUCUCCAUGGUUACCAACUACACAUUGUUCUCCACAACACUGUAUGCGAGAUCAUGUCCGGAAGCUUCUCCCAGCUCUUCUGCCGGAGAACGCAAAUCUGUGAUGGCCUAAUCCAGCUGACCGCCAUCAGCGGGACAAACCUGUCGCAGCACACACCUUUGUCUGGCAACAUCACCCUUUCCUGGAGGUGUGAGGCCCUGCAGGGUGCAGUCGAGAAUUGCUGCAUCAUGAGUCUUACUCUGCUGGACGAAUUUAAGAAACCCUUCUGGUGUGUCGGCUCUCCCGUUUCCUUGGAGCUGGAGAAGACAUCCGUCUUCUAUGACUAUGAUGGUGAGCACUUUCAGAUCCACUAUCAGGACUCAGAUGGUCAGGUGAAGAUGAAACUGGUAUGGAUGAAGGAACAGAAGCAGUUUGUCGUUAUCGGUUUAGUUGUCUGUGUGACUGUUUCCAAAGUCAACGAGCAUUUCAGUAGAGAUUACUGAACCUGCGGGUUUUCACGUUUUGAGGUUUUUAAUUAUUAAAGUUAGAUACUUAGAUUCUGCUUUUGAAUAUUUCGAUCAAACCUAUUAUAUCUAUGUGUGAAAGGAUGACAUGAUAUAAUAUCAGAACAGCUUAUUUAUAGGGGUAAUUGAGUGUGCCAUUAGAAUUAUUGACACCUUAUGUGGUAA